AUGUCCCCGCCGGGCUCCCCGCCGCGGCCCCCGCGCCGCCCCGCCGCCGAGACGCGCAAGACCCUCAAGCCCCUGCUGGAGAAGCGCCGCCGCGCCCGCAUCAACGAGAGCCUCAGCCAGCUCAAGGCGCUCAUCCUGCCGCUCGUCGGCAAGGACAGCUCCCGCUACUCCAAGCUGGAGAAGGCGGACAUCCUGGAGAUGACCGUGCAGUUCCUCAAGGAGGUGCCGGCCGCGCCCUCGGCCCCAGAGCCCUCGGAGAGCUUCCGCGCCGGGUACCGCGCCUGCCUGGCCCGCCUGGGCGCCCUGCUGGCCCCCCCGCCGCCGCCCGCCGCCCGCCGCCGCCUCCCGGAGCUGCCGCCUCCCGCCUGCCCCAAGGCCGCCCCGCCGCCGCCCGCUGCCCCGCUCUGGCGGCCCUGGUAG